AUGGUUGCUCGAAGAAGACAAGAACCUGCAAAUAUUAGCAGUCAGCAACACCCUUCUCCACAGUUAAGAGAGACCAUGCCCUUUGGCUAUCCAAGGCACCACAAUGAGCAAAUUAUUAACCUUUCUGUUGCUAGUGUAUCUGCUAAUCUUAAUUCGGUACCGGUCCUUAAUGGUAAUAACUUUAAGGACUGGAAGGAGAACAUUUUUAUUGUUCUUGGCUGCAUGGAUCUUAACCUUGCAUUAAGGAUGGAACGUCCUGCUUCUCUUACGGAUACCAGUACCUCCGAGCAAAGGAGGAUUUAUGAGAAGUGGGACCGUUCAAACCGCAUGAGUCUUAUGAUCAUUAAGCGCGGCAUACCUGAGGCUUUUAGGGGUGCGGUGUCCGAGGAGGUCACCGAUGCCACAACUUUCCUUGCUGAAAUUGAGAAGCGCUUUGCAAAAAGCGAUAAGGCGGAAACAAGUACUCUUUUAAAGAAACUUAUCUCCAUGAAUUUUAAGGGCAAGAAAAAUAUAAGGGAGUACAUUAUGGAAAUGUCUCACCUUGCUUCAAAGUUGAAGGCACUAAAGCUUGAGCUUUCAGAUGACUUGCUUGUGCAUUUAGUGCUUAUCUCUCUUCCUCCACAAUUCAGUCAAUUUAAGGUCGGAUAA